ACCCUUCGCCGACGGCAGCAUGAGCGGAAGGAGCUUAGCGUUGCUUCUGGUUGGCUUGUGCGCCUUCGCGUUGGCCGUAUUCAGCAUUACCAAGGAGAAGAGCAGCAAUGAACUGGAGCAGCAGACCGCGAUGGUGGCAACGUACACACCUCAACAGAAGACAACAGAGCUCAAGGCUGUGUGGAAGAAGUUGAGGAGUGAAGACUUCGGUUUCUACCCAGACAGGGUCUGGUUGUAUGCUGGAAGAGAAACGUACCUGUACGGGAGGGGGAAAGAGAUCGGGGACCUGAAGUCCGUCUUAAGGAAGGGACAUUACGAGACUGAGGUCAUGACCUUCGAAUCGAUCCGCCCAGCUCCUGUCCGUGCGGUGUGCUGGGACAAGAGUACCCACGUCAUCAUAUUCCCUCCCUUCACGGAAUACCCCGACGUCCACGAGAUCGCCAAGACUGAUUUGAGAUCCUACGUGUCCACGGGUAACAACAUCGUGUUCUUGGGUGGCUUCGCCAGCAUUGGGUUGAUGAAUGAGAUCUUUGGAUUCCGAUUGCAGGCCGAGGUCUAUCAGGAGGGGCCUUUCUACCGGAACGAGCGAUAUGCUAAGGGAACUAUCUUUGAAUUUCUUCCCAGCCGACUUGGAGAGGAUGGCCUCAUCUACGGCUGCAAGUACUCAUCGCUCCCCCCUGGGGGUCGAUGCUACUACGACUCCCUCGGGGACUGCGUGGUUUGGUCGGUUCGCUAUGACUUCGGCAUGAUCACUUACGUGGCAAACAACAUGCUCACGGCCUUCCACAUGGACGCAUGGCACAAGGUCUUGAGAGCGGCCGUCUCCAUCUAAAACCAUCGCAGUGGGUAGGAGAGGGAAGAAAGAAAACUUGUAAUUAAUCCGCAGACAUUCAUCGCCUGCAGGGAAGGAGGAGGGGGGGCGGUGGAGAUCGCUGCAGCAGCGCUGGACCCAUGUGCUGGUACAUAGCUGGGCGGAGAGAGGGAAACGGACCGUUAAGGGUGUCUUCACUGAAGCCUUGUUCCGAUAUUAGAAAGUGUGAUUACAACUGCUAAAACUUC